CCUAAGCCGAGGGGGGGGGGCAGUAGUUCGAAGCUGGUUUUUGGUGAAUUUAACGAUCACUUUUCAGUGUCUCCGUGUGGUUGUGUAUAAGCAUUCUUCUUAAUGGACUGAAGUUGCUAAUUAGUGUCAAUACUAGACUUGUUUUUAUUAAACAUGUUUUUAUUUUAAAGAUGCAAUUCUGUAGUUUCAUGCAAUUUAUAACACCAAACAAUUUUAAGAAUUAAGUCCUUAGCUGGUGGACUAUGGAUGGUGGAUUUAUCGACUGCCACUGUCACAUUUCAGCGGCGGAGUUUACGAAGGACAGAGAUGAUGUGAUUAAGCGUGCCGAGGAGGCUGGAGUAAGGAUGCUAAUUUCAGUGACAGAGGAGGCCAGUGAGUUUGAAAAGGCCGUCCAGCUGUCCAAAUCUUACCCUGGUUUGCUGGUGCCAUGUUUGGGAAUUCACCCCGUUCAGCACUCGGACUCUCGGGAACACCGCAGUGUGGCGAUUCAGGACUUGGAGUGUGCUUUGCCUUUAUUUCAAAAGUACAAAGAUGACAUUGUGGCCAUUGGAGAGAUUGGCCUUGACUUCACGCCAUGGUACGCCCCCUAUCCACAGCAGCGUGCGGAGCAGCAGCAAGUCUUCAGGAGACAACUGGAAAUCGCCAAGGAGAUGGAUUUGCCAGUGAACAUCCACUCCCGUUCAGCUGCAAGGCAGACCAUAAGGAUCUUGAAGGAGCAGGGUAUCGGCCAUGCGCUGCUGCACAACUUUGCAGGGAGGCCAUCGGUAGCCAUGGAAGGUGUGAAGGCUGGCUACUGCUUCUCCUUCCCCCCAGCUGCCUGCAGGAACGAACAGAGGGCCGCGGUUAUUAAACAGAUACCCUUGGAGCACAUCUGCCUGGAAACUGACUCACCUGCCCUCGGACCAGAGAAACAUGUUCGAAACGAGCCAAAGAACAUUGUUCUCUCAUGUGAAUACAUUGCUAAAGUGAAGGGCCUCACACCAGAGAAGGUCAUGGAAGCAACUACUUGGAAUGCAGUACGACUUUUUCCCAGAAUUGGAAAGAUCUUGAACCAAAUGACUGAGCCACUCUCUGGAAACAGACCAGCAGAAUAAAUAAUAAAUGUAAAUAAAAUUAUUUAUCAUGUGAAUAUUAA